AUUGUAUUAUUGUGUGUUCCAGUUACUAAGUGAGGGAGAAUCAAAUGGAAUAGCCAACAAAGAUGAAGUGGAGAAAAAUAAGAGCACGCAGUCCACUGAUUCCGAGGUGACAAAGACAUCUAUUCCUUUCCAACUAUAUGUCCCAAAUAGUUCUAACUAUAAUUAUAUAAAUUCCUGCAUACGUAUUAUUCUUUGUCACCUCGCUCUCAGGAAUUAACCUUCAACAAAACAAGUGAAGAAAUGCAGCCAGAUCAGGACGAGCAAUUAGCACAAACAUUUGGCACCAAGGGGACAGAAACUAUAGGGGACAAGCUGGCAGAUUCAACUGGAAUAGCCGACAAAGAUGGAGUGGAGAAAAAUAAAAGCACACAGUCCACUAAUUCCGAGGAAUUAACCUUAAACGAAACAAGUAAACAAAUGCAGCCAGCUCAUGAAGACAAAUUAGCACAAACAUUCGGCACCGAAGGGGCAGAAACUAUAGGGGGCAAGCUGGCAGAAUCAAAUGGAAUAGCCAACAAAGAUGAACUGGAGAAAGAGAAGAGCACGCAGGACACUGAUUCCGAAGUCUCCGAAGUGACACAGGCAUCUUCUCCAAAUAUGUCCCAGAUAGUUCUAAUUCUUAAUUAUAUUAUUAAUCCUACAUACGGAUCAUUCUUUGUAAUGUUGCUCCCAGGAAUUAACCGACAACGAAACAAGUGAACAAAUGGAUGCCCCUAAGGACGAAGAAUUAGAACAAACGUCCGGUAGGGAAGGGGAAGAAAUUAUAGUACACAAGAUGGCAAUGCCUGUGCAGACAGGGAAGCCUGUCCGACUGCAUAACAAACCUAAGAAGGCACAAGACUACGUGGUCGCUCCAGAAGGCACGGACAAAUCCUUCUAUGCCCUGCUUUUGCUAAAUUUAUUUUUGUG